AUUUAGGUACCUUUACACGGUUUUCUAAUACAAUACAUACGUCCUAAUUAUCCUGACCUUACGGGGGGAGACGAAGUUAACAGUCUCGGAAAUAUUGAAGAGCCAGUUCAGCUUAGCGAUUGAAUUUGAGAUUCACACAGACAGGGACAGGUUGAUUUUUUAAGAAUCGUAUAAAAAAAAUUGAUGUCAUCUUUUUCAGCAACCGCCUUUCCGCUGGUUGUUUCUCAAAACGGUCGAGAUAACCACGAAAACCAUGGCCAUGGUUGGGACAUCAGACUGGCGGUGCCUGGCGAACCAGGAUCUGACUACCCCACUCUUGGAACCAUCCCAAGAACCUCCUUCUCUUGUGCUGGAAGAGAACCAGGAUAUUACGCAGACUUCGAAACCAACUGCCAAGUCUUCCGAAUAUGCACAAUUGGAGCAACAUACGGUUUCCAGUCCUUUCUCUGUCCCAAUGGAACACUCUUCAACCAAGGCGUUUUUGUCUGCGAUUGGUGGAUGAAUGUGAAGUGCGAAAAAUCUGAACCGCAAUUAGAUAAUAACGUGGGAAGAUUCAGCAAUCUCAGGCUUGGGCCCCAGUUAAUGAAAGAUGUUAAAAAAAUGCUCACACAUCCUAUGCGCAACCCUUACGAUUUAACAUCUAUGAGAGGUAAUCUGAUUGUAAUGCAAGAUUACAAACCUCCUGUUGGACAAUUGUUUCCAAACGGAGCUCUAUUAGCUGGACCGGAAAGAACUCCUAACAAUGUGUAUAUACCAGCAAAACAAAUUCAACCUCCGCAAAAUUUCAAUGACAAUAAUGACUUAGUUUUUGCUGCGUCUACACCCGAGCCUCGAUAUUUACCAGCAGCAUUUAACACUAUUCAACCUUCGACACAAGAUGUCGAACUUUUUCAAAAACAAAGACUUAAUGGUCAGUUUGCUCAAUACAAUAGGGUACAAAAUGGGCAAAACCAACAACGAGCAAAUUUGGUUUCAAACGGUCACUCAGGAAAAUUGACCCAAUCUUCUAACUCAGCAUUUACAAAUAAUAAUGUCUUGCCAUCUACACAGCCUGCAGGGCCUCGACAAAACUACAAUCAAAUCCAUUCGCAGGUCGGACUAAAACAGAAUAGCGUAACUGCAUCGACAUUUAAUACGCAAAACACUCAGAGAGGACAGCUCAAUGUACAAAGCUCACAAAACAACAAUAAUAAGAAUUAUCAGUUGAACAAUCAGAAACAAUCAGAGUUAGGUUUUUCAAGACAGCAAUAUAACAUCAACAACAAUCAAGAAAGACAAACUUAUACAUACAAUACACCUUCACCGAGUUUUUUAAAUGAAAUCAACGAAAAACUAGAAGUCAAACAAAAUUUGGUAAGUACAAACCAAGCGCCCAAACCUACAAUUAUAGCCAAAACACUAACAUUAAGUAGACUUGUAGAUGAUCCUAAGCCUGGAAAACCUAAAUCUCGAAUAACAGUUAAAACAUGGAUUGUAAAACCUUCUAAAUCAGGUAAGCUAAUAACUCCAACACCAUACACUUACAAUAGACCGACAAGAACCACCGACAGCACCCCAUACGUGUAUAAUAGGCCAACGACAUAUACACAAACAGAACGAUUUAUAACUGAAAGUGAUGAACCUUAUGUAUAUAAUAGACCAACAGUAGCAACAAAACAAAUAGCUGUCACUACGAGCGAACCGCUGCAGCCUUAUGUAUAUAACAGACCAACAGUAGCAACAAAACAAAUAGCUAUUACUACAAAAGAAUCGCCGGAUACAUAUCCUCCACCAACUGCACCUCGUCCAACAUUCUCUGGUCGACAAUAUCUAGCACCAAUAAUUUCUACGCCAACCCCGACCAGAGCUUCUCAACUAUAUUUGCCUCCAACUACAUUUAAGCCAGCGGCUAGAAUUUAUUUGCCUCCAACUGAAAAUGAAUCGCCGAGUCCUGUUAUAUUAGCUAGGCAAUAUUUACCCCCCGACUCUAUCCAACCUUCAUAUUUUCCUAGUGCACGACUCCGACAAGCACCUACCACACAAACAACAAUAAUAACUACAAGUACUACAAACACAAAUCCUACUUUUACUUUUACUAAACAGUCACAAAUAAAUACUAAUGAUAACAAUUUAACAUUCUCUGAUAUACUGACUAAGGAGAAAUUAGAUAUAACAGUAAAUGAUAUUGUCAAGGAUACAAGCAAGUUUUUGAAUACUGCUUCGCCCGGUCAGUUUGGUCAAUUAAAGCAAGACGUAAAUUAUGUUGACUAUCUUGAAGACAAAUAUUUACCUUCAGAACAAACAGUCACAGAUAGUGGUGAAAUUUUAACGUCUCAAACUCCUGCAGUUAGCAAAAGUUCAAAACUAAUUUCAGCGCCUGCCAUAGAUUUAGAACCUCCCAUCAUAUCGCAAGAAAAUCAUCAUAUUACUAAUCAACUGUCUAAUUUGCCCUUUUUUAAAGAGCCACCAAUACCAACGAAUACAAUAGAAAGAACAGUAUCUUUGAAAAUAUCUAUUCCAGAAAAGGUAGCUGACUAUUUGUUUAAUCGUCAUAAUGAUACUGACUAUAGUAGAUUAGAAAUACUUAAUACUGGUAGUAGUAAUUACUUAGUAAUAACUAACAACCCAUAUGUUAAGCCGACUGGUACAAGUUUUAUUCCUAUAGGUAAAUUAAUUGAAGAUAAAAAUUCAAAUAUUUCUGAUUCACAGGCUCUUGUAUUUUCUUUACUGGCUGAUUCCAUCAAUGUAGCAAAAGAAUAUAAUAACUUGGCUAAACAAGAUACAGCACCUUCAGCACCUGCAGUAAACCAUGACAAUGAAGAUGUAUCACCAAUAACAAAUAGGAUAUCACAGUUGACAUCAUCACAAUAUGGACAUAACAAUAACGCCAAUGCUGUAACAACAAUAAGGCCAACUACCAUUUCAAAUGAGUUGGAUGCAAGCAUUGAUCAAAAGAGCCCACAAAGAUUGCAACAGUCUCCAAUAUCUCCACCUCAACCAAGUCAAACUCAACAAAGUGCUCGAUUACAAAAUGCUGACUUUGAUGAAAACACAGGAUAUCCAUAUUCAACCAACACUCAAUUAUACAGUGGUCAAUUAUACCAACUUCCAGUUCCAGUAGUAACAAGUAAGAUAUAUAAUAAGGGUUCGGCAAAACUUACCCUUCCUAAUAUACAUUCAGAAAAUUUUUACUCAAACACAAACGACCAAACUAACCGUUAUGUAAAAACUACUCAAGCUACAUUAGAAAAUAUUCAUUCAGAAACAUUGCCACCGGCUAGAUUACAAAUAAAUCCAACAAGUUCUAGUAAAGAAGAAAAUUUUAAUAAUCAAAAUGAUAUCAACCAAUUUCUUAUUAAUAACAGCAACGAAAUAUCUGCCCAAAUUAAAGACCAAAUUACAGGAACUAUACAACAUCCUUUGGAAAAUAAUAAAUUGAUAAAUUACAAAAAAGAUCAAACAUAUUACAUAUACACUAAACUCAAUAACGGAUUAAACGGUAAUGAAUUGACCAGUCAGCCUAUCCAAUCACGCCCAGCGCAAAGUGCAAAAUUAAUUCAAACCACUAAUACCCCAAAAGUAGUUUCAUUCCAGUUCAUUCCUUCAGUUAGUUAUCAAUUUGAAGAUGAAAAGGAUCAACAAAAAAUAUUAAAUGCAUUCCAUAUUGAUGAGUUUGGUAGUCCUAAAUCAAAAUCAGGUAAAAUUCAAGACUUAUCUCAAGGGAGACCUAUUUUAACUAGUGAUGUCAGUUAUACUGUGGACCAUACACAAUCAGAACAAUCUAAAUCGCAGUACAAUGAUAUCAGUACGUUAUACAAUGGACCAUCAUCGUAUUCUGCUCCUCAAGCAUCUAUAGGGAAUUUAAGGCUAGCUCAAGUUAAUAACUUUAAUGCUAAGUUAAUACAAAAUAAUAGCAAUGGGUACCCUCGGAAUGUUCCAACACGACAAUUUAAUUAUUAGACUAGGUUCAUCAAUAUUUGUGUUUGAUAAGAUAAUUAUGAUCAAAAUAAAUAAAGUUACCAAAACUAUUAUUACAU